UCCUCGCGAUGGAGGACGAGGUGAUCUUGGAGCUCCGCGACAGCGAUUGCGAGGAGGGAGGAGCUGCGGUUCACGCUGCGGCGAUGGAGAGGGAGGAUUGGAUUCCGCUGCUUCUCGCGAGGAAGUGCAAGGUUUUCUUGCGUGCGUCCAGGGUCAUAUUAUCGGAGCGAUCCAGCUAUUUUCGAUCGCUCUUCAGCAAUUUCAGGGAGGCCCAUAGUGAUCACGUUGUUGUGACUUGGAAUUUGGAAGUUCUAGCCAACAUUUUGCAAGGAAUUCUAUUCGAGCGCCUCGACGUAGCUCCUUGCAGCGUCGCAGACUUGCUUGAGGGCGCCACAUUUUUUGGCUGCGAUUCUAUUAUUUCUGAGUGUCAAGUUUGGAUUGCUUCUGACAUGCUCUCGUGUUCUCGAGACAACCAAGAUGUUUUGCAGUACGUUCCUCGUCUCUGGAAAGUUGCCACUGAAACAGGAGUCCCUACUAUUGCCAGUGCUUGCGCGCGCUACCUCGCAAUCAACUUUGAAGAUGCGGGCUCUGGUGAAUUCCUCGAAAACAUUCCACUUUUACUUUUUCAAGCUGCUGUAAACCAUCCAUUUCUCACAAUAUCCAGCGAGAGAAACCUUUUCCAGGCUAUCUUACGCAGGUGUAGGUUUGAAACAAGGGAUUGCGCACUCGAGCUAAUAAGCAAGGUCAGAAUGCAUUGGGUGCCGGUGGACUUUCUAGCAGCUCAGUCGGAUAACUCAUUAUUGAACUCCCACAAUCGUGACCUUCCUUUGGAACCUCCUGAAAUAAAAUCCGCGGGCCUUCGCCUUUCUCAAUACACAAAGAUUUUAAAUCUUACUGGAUGCCAGCAAGUUACAGACGUGAUAUUGUUCGACUCGGUUCUUUGUUCCCCUAUAAAAGUUGAAGGAGAGUACAUACUUCAUUCAUUCCUGAACAGUUCUUCUCGAUAUUCAAACUCUUCUGCAGCUGGUCCGUUCCUCAAUCACCUAGUCAGCCUGUAUCCUCUUCAAGAAGAGAGGACGCAAUUUGAGCUAAUGCAACUUCCAAGCGUAUCAGAAGAAGUUAACAAACCAGAUAGAUCCGGUAUUCCACUUUUGAACAGCCUUCGAAUUUUGCUUCUCGGUAAGUGCUGGAGAGUAAGACCAGAGGAGCUAUUUCUUUGGAUAAAGACGACGUGCUCAAGCCUGCAACAGUUGAACGUGUCGCAGUGUCCUCAAUUUUCGGCUUUUUUCCUAUCGCAUUUGGCUUCGGCUUGCCCUUUUAUUGAGGUAGCGGACUUUUCUCGAGAUUUAAGCGUUAUCCACCUUGCGACCGUGAAGAAGCCUUGUACUGGAAAACUGUUGACGACUUCGUACAAGAAAGGUUCAUGGGACACUCAUCGUUAUUUAGUCGAACUUCAUCUUACGGGGCAUACUGAGCUCAAAGAUUCUGAGUUAUCUUUGAUAUCGAAAAAGUGUCCAAGUAUAUCUGCAAUCUCAUUAAGUGGAUGCAGUAAUCUCAGUGACUCGGGCAUUGCAAAGUUUUUGCAAGGCCAUCCAAAACUGCGGUUUCUCCGAGCUGCUAUCACCGCAUUUGGAUUUCAAUCUGUAUGUGCAUUACUGGCGGCUUCUGAUCAAGAAUGUAACCUGGAAGUAUUGGACCUUGCCUACUGUACAGGAUUGUCUGCUGGAGCUCUUGUUCGUCUGCUGACACGAAUAUCCAGUUUCUUAAGCCUAUCGCUUUGUUACACGAACCUCAUUGAUGAUGGCCUCUUUCUGUCUUGUGGAACCUCUCUGGAAACUUUAAAUAUACGAGGAACGCAGGUUACUGGAGCGGCUAUAUCAUACACAAUCAGAAAAAAUUUUAAACUUACAAGUCUGAACUUCAGAGACUGUAGAGGAGCAUUUUCGUAUGAAGGUUUGAAAGAGGAAAAACUGGAUCUUCGUAGGUUGAAAGCCGGGUGGGGUGUGGCACACAUACUGGCAAACGCAAAACUUCCCUUUUUACAAACACUUCACCUGGGACUCGGAGCACAGAUUACCAGCACAUUUCUUCGUGAGCUUCCCAGUCGUUGUCCACAGUUACAACAUCUUUCUCUGUCUCUCCAGGACCUUUUAGAUGACGACUUAAAUCAUGCAAUAGCGAAGUUACCAUUCUUGACUACGCUGAAACUGCGUCAUACUUUGCAGCCAUUGUCGGGAAAGUUUUUGGAAUCUUUAACUUCCAAUCUUGUCUCUCUGAAGCUUGAAGAUGUUUGCCCUUCGCUUACAAAUGCUCAACUUGCAUCAAUUGCGACUUCUUGUAAAGGUCUGCGUCAACUGUCACUGACGGCUUGCCGUUGCCUUGAUUCUGGUGCUCUGAGCAUAAUUUCUAAAGCCUGGCCUGCACUUUCUGAACUUAAGCUGGAGGAUUGUGGUGAGGCUACAAGGGAAGGUGCCGCUGUCUUACUCUGCUUGUAUGGACUCCAAUCGUUGACAUUACGUCAUAAUGGAGCUGGUCUGCCAAGGAACUUCAUAAUGGAUGCUUCGUAUCAGUUCCCACUGCUGAGAUGCUUAUCUCUGGACUCAUGUGAUACGUCAGGGCAUUUCAACACGCCUCAGGAUGGAGACUGGAGAUCCAUUUCCACAAUCAAGAUAGCUCACUGCAGACAUGUCCCUAGUGCAUUUUGCCUUGAGGGAAGGGGACGAAGAGUCCACAGGCAGACUGAGGUGAUGGAAAGAGGAGGCACCACGCUGCGUACAUUCAUAGUCAAAGAGAGGCUCUAGACAAGCGUGUAAUCCAGUUUGGAAGCCUUUUCCUUUCUCCCAGUAGUCAGCCAGGGAAUGAAUUCCAAGGUCGGGUCCUUUCAUAUCAGCUCGCUUCUUCUUCUUCGCAGCAAACGAGACG